AUGCUCUUCUCUGUCUCGUUUGCACUCCUUCUCGCUUCGAUAAGCCAAUCAACGCUUGCAGAGGUUGUAGAGAUUGAUAAAGCAUAUAAUGUCGAAUGCCAGGGCAGGAAAACUGUUCCUAAUUAUUGCACGGCUGCUGGAGGAGAUUUCCGCAGCAUACCCGUAGAGACCUGGCAAGGCUCAAGGACAGGUAGCUUGGGAAGGAAAGAAGAGAGCCGGAUAUGCGAUAAUUGGUCCCUGCUGGCUAUAGCGAUGGAACGGAAACAGGCAGGCAUGAAGGCUCGAUAG